AUGGCACCACCGUUGGGGUUUCUCAGCAGCAAAUAUUUCGGCCUUUACUGUCUGUUAUCGAUCGGCUUCACCAUAUACUUACUUGUGGUGUCUUCCCCUCCGAUUACUUUUGGCACCCUAUCAACUGCCGACCGCCAUCCCAAGCAGCACAUCCAAUAUCGAGGUCCCUACGCCAUCGCCAUUUUUCUGGCCUCGAAAUCCAAUGAGAGACCAGAAGACAGCGAUAAUGACGACGGCUAUUACGUGAGCGCCCGGACAAUCGUGUACCAGCUGCUACAUUCCCCCAGCACCAAGCUGAGAAAUCCAGUCCCUGUGGUAAUCUUGGUUAGCCAACAUGCCAGGGAAAGCAAGCGCCAGAGGCUGAGAGAUGAUGGGGCCAUUGUCGUCAAUGUCGACGACGUGGCGCACAAUAUGACCAUCACGAUAGACCGCUGGACUGACACUUUCACUAAACUCCGCCUGUUUGAUCCUAACGUCGUGCCCUACGAGAAAGUCCUCCUCAUGGAUGCGGACAUAGCGUUGACACAUCCCAUCGACGCAAUUUUCCAAGACAGUAAUACCGACCCACGCGAGACGAACCAAACAGCCCUUACCGAGCCGGAACGAGAACCACUCCCUGAGAAAUACAUCAUGGCGGCGUCACCCGAGUCACUACAACGAGACCAUUCCUAUCCCUUUCUUGAUCCUGACAAUCUAUCAACUCGUUUCAACUCCGGCUUGCUCAUGUAUUCACCUUCCACUGAGCUUUUCCAACAUUACUUGAAACUCCUUGAAAAUCCAGACCUGUAUUACACCGGUGGCCCUGACCAGGAUCUCCUGAACUACGCACACCGCUGGGGAGGACCCAUGCCGUGGAGAAGGUUGCAUUAUUCGUGGUAUCUCAAUUGGCCCAACGAUAAUGACUUUAAAGGCAAUAUGGCUAUGUUGCAUACCAAGUGGUGGGAUCAUGAAUUUUCUUAUUCCUCCGAUAGCGUGGAGAAGUUUGCUUUUGCACGGAGAUGGGAAAUGGAAGGCUACUGGAUAGGAAAAGAAGGAUAUAUAUCUCACUAG